GGUGGCGGCGGCGGCGGAGACGCGGCUUGCUCUGGCGCCAUGAACUGGCUGUAACACGCAGGCUGCGCGGCGCGGGGGGCGGGGGGAGGAGGACGCAGCGGUGAAGUUCUCCGCCAUGAACCUGAGGGGCCUCUUCCAGGAUUUCAACCCGAGUAAAUUCCUCAUCUAUGCCUGUCUGCUGCUGUUCUCCGUGCUACUGGCCCUUCGUUUGGAUGGCAUCAUUCAGUGGAGUUAUUGGGCUGUUUUUGCACCAAUAUGGCUUUGGAAGUUAAUGGUCAUUGUUGGAGCCUCAGUUGGAACUGGAGUCUGGGCACGGAAUCCUCAAUAUCGAGCAGAAGGAGAAACAUGUGUGGAAUUUAAAGCCAUGUUGAUUGCAGUGGGUAUCCAUUUGCUCCUGUUGAUGUUUGAAGUUCUGGUCUGUGACAGAAUUGAGAGAGGAAGCCAUUUCUGGCUACUGGUCUUCAUGCCCCUAUUCUUUGUUUCCCCGGUGUCUGUUGCAGCUUGUGUAUGGGGCUUUCGACAUGACAGGUCACUAGAGUUAGAAAUCCUAUGUUCUGUCAACAUUCUCCAGUUUAUAUUCAUUGCCUUAAGAUUGGACAAGAUCAUCCACUGGCCCUGGCUUGUAUGUAACUUUUUAAUCCUUAAAUAAACUUUUCUUUUUUAUUAUAAAA